AUGUCGCAGCAGCCAAAACGUCCCAGAGUUGAGGAUUCGCAGGCGAAAGCCGAAACCGGUGUCGACGUGCGGCAGAUGUACAGCACCGCGGCUGGCGAUGCGGCACCGAAGCCUUUUUCCGAUCUGAAGAACAAGCUGAAUCCAGCCUUGCUGAAUGGCUUGGAUAAGAUGGGAUUCGAAUUCAUGUCUCCAGUCCAACAAAAGGUCCUCACCGAGCUACCCACACUAUCCUCCGACUGCGUUGUACAGGCAAAGACAGGUACGGGCAAGACCGUGGCCUUCCUGCUCCCUGCGAUUCAGAACCUCCUAGCGGGUAAUAUGCCUAGAAGAGGCAAGGUCGCCAUCCUCGUCGUCUGUCCCACGCGCGAGCUGGCUCUACAGAUAGCGAAGGAGUGCAAUGGCGUUACAGCGUGUCUGCCCCAGAAGAUGGAGUGCCACACUGCGUUUGGCGGUACUUCUCGUGCCUCGAAUCUCAAAGCCUUCAUGAAUGGUAAUCCUACCGUUCUGGUCGCCACCCCUGGUCGUCUUGACGACAUCCUAGGCGAAGAGCAAGUUCGCGAGAAGUUUUCUGAUUUGAAAACGGUCAUCCUCGAUGAAGCGGACCAAAUGCUUGAUGCCGGAUUUGCACCUGCGGUCAAAAAGAUCCUGAGGCGCAUCCCACCAAAGAACGAUGGCUGGCAAGGAAUGUGUUUCUCUGCUACAUUGCCCAAAGAAGUUCUCGAUAUUGCCAAGAUUGUCCUGUUCCCUGGUUACACACACCUCUCGACAGUCGACCCGAACGAAGUGCCGACCCACGAGCGCGUACCGCAAUUUUUCUACUCUGUUCCCACUGUUGGUCAAACUUUCCCUGCGUUGUCGGCUUUGAUCGAAGAGGAAUACAAUCAGAACCCUGCCGACUUCAAGGCCAUUGUCUUCGGUACCACCGCGAACGGCGUUGGUCUACUCUACGAUCUAUACAGAAAUGCGCUGCCGCAGUUUAAAAUGUUUGAGUUGCACAGCCGCAUGUCCCAGCCUGCUCGUACGCGCACAACUCAGGACUUCAAGGAUGCUCAAAGUGGCAUUCUGUUCGCAUCUGAUGUUGUCGGUCGAGGCAUGGAUUUCCCCAAUGUUGGUCUAGUUGUCCAACUGGGUCUUCCCUCAAGCACUGACCAGUAUGUUCAUCGAGUUGGCCGAACGGCUCGUGCAGGCAAAGAUGGGCGCGCUGUUCUCCUUCUCUUCGAGCAAGAAGCCUUCUUCCCCAGGAUCAACAAGACGUUGCCCAUCAACCCUUACCCUGUCGACCUCGUAUCACGUCUUCCCUCGCACCAGGCGAACAUCGACCGAGCUUUCGUUAACGUCGAUGAAGUAGCCAAGUCAAAGGCGUACCAGGCAUUCCUUGGUUACAACAAGACUUUCGUCAAGAAACUGCAGAUCAGUACAGCGGAUUUGGUUCGUCUUGCAAAUGAUUAUGCGAGGACGAUGGGCUGCCCAGAGCCGCCUAUGUUGGAGAAGUCGACCGUUGGAAAGAUGGGCUUGAAGGGAGUACCAGGUCUAAGGAUCGGGUCCCGAAGGUGA